AUGGGGAGCAGGCUACUUGGUUGCGAACAUGAAUGCGCUGCUCGUUACAGUUGUUCUACAGGAAAGCUUACUGGUCGGAGCUUCUGGCUCUACUUGUGCCUCGGAGCAGCUUUACUCUGUCGUCUAGAAUAUGUCAGCAACUUAACUGCGCACGCAGCCCCAGCAGCCCCGCGUAUCAGUGGCAAUGAUACGGCAGUGGAAGCAGCAAAUGCCUUGGAAAACCUGUCAGGGGCUCCUACUACAGACGAAGAGGCUCAAGUCGUGGAGAGGGGACCAGAGAACGCCACAGAACACGCCGAGGACUUUUGGCGUUCAGGGGCGUCUCUCGAUGGAAUUGAUGGGGAAACCUCCAGAAAAUCAACGGCAGUGUCUUUCGACAGCGAAGCAUUGACGGGUCACAAGGGCUUCAAAUUGACAAGAACGACACAGACACAGUCAGACGGAGCAAAACGAUUCUCUAAAGGAGGCACGAAACCUCUCGAGGCUGGGAAAAAAGAAGAAGGGACUUCGGAUGGAGAAUACGACGAUCCGGAUGGACGUUUUGCCAGCGGCGAAUGGUUCUGGAGCAAAGGUAGUUAUGACCUUAUCGAGCUGCGGUCGACUUUUCCGAGCCUUGAAGAUCGUUUUCGGAAGUGGCUAGCCAGUCACAGGGCCACGAAGAAAUCCACCAACGUGUGCAAGCAAGCGAAGAAAGACGGUCGCAUUCCGAGCGCCGCCUACGGGGACUCUCCUCUGAAAUCUUUCGGAUAUCCAGAAUUUGAUGAAGAGACGGGUUUGACUAUCCUGCGGUCUCGCCUGCCUCUCACACCUGUGAGCGGCUUUCUCACCCCUAUUCGGGUGGGCGCAGAGGAUUAUUACAUUCAAGGAACGUACGACAAAAUCAUCGCGUUCCUUGAGUGCUUCGAGGAAUAUGAAGUGAUUGGCUCGACUCUAGCGACCGACGGGCACUGGGUUGAGGACCCGGAGCAAGGACCUCUCUAUGUACAGAUCCAAAACACACGUGAAGGAGUUCGCUCGCCGAUCGCGGGCAUUCGUAACGCUCUAUUUCGCAUCGGGUUUGCGCACCUCGCCAAGGCUCUGCGAAUCAACGCAAUUUCUCGACGUUUCGUCGGGGUGUCCUACGAUGACAUUUUGAAGGGUCUCAACGAGGUCAGGCAAUUGUCAGAGUUUCUUCCCUCCUCUACGACAGCAGACGUCCUGGCAGCUUGGGAGGACGUCAUGGGAACCCAGGAUAGAAAGAAGCAACUGGCAUCGAUCGUUAACGCGGUCACGCAAGCGAUCACUCGUGCCCGCUUGGACCCCUCGCACGGCUGGGAAAAAAGCGAAGCUGUUGACCUCUCCGCUCCUCUCACCAUGGCACUCACCACAUAUCCGCGACCUGCACACGGCGUCCGAGCGACGCUGACACUUCCGUCCAACAGAGUCACUUUGGGAGCUAUUAGAGACACACUGCCCAAGCUCUUUCAGCAGUCUCUCCUCGGACAAGCGCUACUCGCGGCGGUCAAGCGUUCUAGCGACGCAGUGUGA